CGGAACAGCUUCCUUAAUUUGUAGCUCAGUGGAGACCUGACAAGCGACCAUGUCGUACAUGGAUACUCUGCGUCAGUGGGAUGAAGCCAUAAGUUAUGCUGACAAACAGGAUUUCUCAAACGCACUCCAGAUUUUUUUGUCUAUUCAAGAGCCAAACUCCAAAAUCUAUUUUGAUAUUGGUUGCCUGCUUCUUCUUAAGCAAGAUCUGGAGGCUGCUGAAAAGGCAUUCGAUGACAGUAUACGCAAGGAUGAACAUUUGGCUGUUGCCUUCUUUCAAAGAGGAAUCACUUUUUACAGGAAGGAGAGGUAUGAGGAGGCUUCAUCUGAUUUCCAUCAUGCAUUCAAAGCUUUAAGAGGGAACCAGCUCAUAGAUUACAAAGCACUGGGUCUCAGAUACAAGUUAUAUGCAUGUGAGGUUCUCCACAACAUGGCUCUGAGUGAGGCUCAGCUGGGCCACUGGCUGAAGGCUCAAGAACACCUCGUGAAGGCUCUCGACUAUAAGACUGAAGCCAAACUCAGCAUCAUCGACAAAGCUCUGCAAUCCACUCUGAAACAAAAACUUUUCAAACCAGUUGUGUUUCCAUCAAAUGUGCUGUUUAUACCAAAUAAGCACUAUGUUGCUGAGCUGGAGAAGAAGGACUACCUGGGCAAAGCAAAGGUCGUUGCUUCUGUGGUUCCUCAAGAUGAAUUUUCUGGCUUUGCUCCAUUGCAGCCACAGGUUCAAGAUGGUCCAGCAUGUCCUAAAGAACCUGAAGUUUUGAGGGCUUUGGAAGGAGAACCCCACACUGUCCUGUUUGAGUUUGUUCCUGAGACCAGUGACGAGUUGGCUGUAGUUCCUGGAAACAUUGUGUUUGUACUGCAGAAAGGUGCUGACAACUGGGCCUCGGUGAUCUUCAAUGAAAGACGAGGUCUUGUCCCUUACAAUUACCUGGAACGUUUGGAAAUCUCAUUAGCCUCCAAAAAGAAUUGGGGAAUAUCGGAGCCCCCAAGGCAAGAACCACCAAUCAGACCUCAGAGGAACCCAGGUGCAACUAUGAGAGACAACAGCAGGGAAGACACCACACAUAAGGACGUGCUGUGCACUGAUAAUUUAUGUGUUGUCAAAGUUCGUUUCACAUACAACUUUGCAUUUUCUAUAACACUUGGAUCUCCGUACGUUACACUGAUGGACACGAUCAGUAAGAAACUGAAACUCCCACCGACUUCCAUCUCACUGAGUUUGACACCCCAGGUAAACGGGCACAGCGUAAUUGACACAGACACAGAAAUGAACAAUGUGUGGAGUCAAGCCAAAGGUGGCCGCAUCACUCUGUGGUGUAAGGAGCAAACCGAUGUGGAGCCACACGACAAUAUUCAUUUUGUGGCGCUUCAUUCUUAUGAGUCACCAAAUCCUGAAGAUCUGAAUUUUAGUGAAGGGGACACCAUCGUACUUCUGUCUCGAGUUAACCAGGACUGGCUGGAAGGACAAUGCAAUGGACAUACUGGGAUAUUUCCUGCAUCGUUUGUGGAAGAACUUCCUGUCAAUGGCCAGUAACUAAAACAUAA